GAUUUGCCACUUUUCAAGCGAUUUCCAUCGAGUGAACAACAAUAGUCGAACAAUUUUCAACCAUGUUGAAGUUGAUCCUUGAAACCAUUUACAAUCUGGUUAUGCUCUUCUAUUACAUAGUCGAGGCACUAGUCGUCAAAUUCAUCCCCAUUAGAUUUAGAUCGAAAGAUAUUUCAGGACAAAUUGCACUGGUGACUGGAGCUGGUGGCGGAAUUGGUCGACUUAUUGCACUAGGACUUUCGAAACUUGGUUGCAUAGUUGUGUGCUGGGAUGUUGCCAAGCAAGCGAAUGAAGAGACUGCCCGAUUGAUUAAGAUGUCCAAAGGACAGGUUUAUGCCUACCAAGUUGAUUUGACUAAACGUGAAGAAAUUUACCGAGCAGCAGAUCGCUUAAAGCAGGAAGUUGGAAAAGUAUCAAUCUUGGUCAAUAACGCCGGUGUGGUUACGGGUAAAGCGCUACUUGAAUGCUCCGAUGAACUUAUCCAGCGCACUUUUGACGUCAACAUUUUGGCGCACUUCUGGACUGUUAAAAGCUUUUUGCCUGAUAUGAUCAUGCAAGACCAAGGUCAUAUCGUCACCAUCGCCAGUUUGGCCGGUCUAUCAGGAUGCAAUCGCCUAGUAGAUUAUUGCGCUUCGAAAUUCGCUGCCGUUGGAUUUGAUGAAUCUCUUCGCACCGAACUGGCCGUGGAUGGACGUAAGGGCAUCAAAACGACAGUGGUAUGUCCCUUCUUUGUCAAGACUCCACUUUUUGCUGGUAUCGAAUCCAAGAUUCUGCCCGUCCUAGAGCCUGAGACCGUAGCGAGUGAAACCAUUGACGCCAUUCUCACUGAACAACCUGUGUGCUUGAUUCCUAGUCGCCUGUCGAUUUUGCUGGGAUUGAAAUCCAUGCUACCAAUCAAAGCACUGAUAAGCACUCACAAGGCGUUUGGUUUAGACGAGACGAUGAAUGCCUUCGAUGGUCCCAAAACCAAAUAUAACUAGACUAACCUUGAUCAGUCUUUCAACGUUUUCUAAUUUUUGGACUCGACACCUGUCCAAGAUAUAGAUUCCAUAUGGAGUAAUUGAAAUUAAAUAUUACUACACUGUUUGGACUCUUAAAGUAUUCUUGUAAGAAAUACACUAUUUCUACACGCUUAA